GUGAAAUCUCCACCGACCGCGCCGUCUAUCCCUCGCUUCACCCCUACUUAAAAUCUCGGAGCAGCCUCCGCUUCGGCACGCCGCACAGACCUCAGAGCUAGCAGCUAGCGGCAUACUCGAGCCGCCGAAGCAAGCAAGCAAGCACGCGCGCGCGGCGUCAAGCUCGAGCUCAGAGGAAGCAAGCAGGCAGGGAGGGAGAAGCGAUGGCGAUCGUGGGCGCCGAGUACUGCGACCCCGAGGAGCGCGUCCUGACGGUGCGCAAGACCUCGCACUUCUCCCCCGGCGACGGCUUCGCGGCCUACGACAGCCGCACGGGCGGGUUGGCCUUCCGCGCCGACACCUACGGCCGGGGCCACGGCGGGGGCGCGGCGUCGUCGGGCGAGCUCGCGCUGCUCGGACCGGCCGGGGAGCCGCUCCUCACCGUUCGCCGGCGGCGCCCGUCGCUGCACCAGCGCUGGGAGGGCUUCCUGGGCUCCCGCGCCGACGGCCAGAAGCCGCUCUUCUCGGCCCGCCGGUCCUCCAUCCUCGGCGGCGCCGCGGCGGGGGCCAUCGUCGAGCUCCUCCCGCCGCUCUCCUCGUCGUCGGGCGCCCCCGAGCUGCUCCGCGUCGACGGAUCCUUCGCGCGGCGGUGCUGCCGCGUGGUGGCGGCGCCCAGGGCCGAGGGGGAGAAGGCGAAGAUGGUGGCGGAGAUCAAGAGGAAGGUGGACGAGGGGACGCGGGUGGUCAUGGGCAGGGACGUGUUCGUGCUCAAGGUGAGGCCCGGCUUCGACGCGGCCUUCGCCAUGGGGAUCGUGCUCGUGCUCGACCAGAUCGCGGGCGACGAGGUCGGAGCCGACGCCGGAGCGGACGUCCUCGACGCCAAGAUCUGGUGACCGAUGAUUUUGCAGGUCGCUCGCUUCUUGGUUUAGCUGUGUAUAGAGCUGUGGAUCUUGUUUUCUUUUUCCUUCUUUUUUUUCCGCGUGUUCGUGUACGCGCAUGGCUCCAGAGAAAUGGCAAUGCAUAAUACGUUCUCGAUUUUACGUUUCGAAAUUUCCGAUUA